CCCGCGCCGUUUGAUGCCGAGCUGUCGCGCGCGAAACGCAGCUGCGACGACGAUGGCGGUGGACGAAACCGACGACGUCGCCGACAAGAAAAUGAAGUACCCCAAGUCGGUGUUCUUCAUCAUCCUCAAUGAAUUCUGCGAGAGAUUCAGUUUCUAUGGCAUGAGAGCAUGCCUGUCGCACUACUUCAAGGAGAUCCUGCUGUACGAGGAGAAGACGGCGACGGUCAUGUAUCACACGUUCACCAUGUUCGCCUUCUUCUUCCCGCUCAUCGGCGCGAUGAUCGCGGACUCGUGGCUCGGCAAGUUUCGCACGAUCUUCUACCUCAGCAUCGUCUACGCGAUCGGCCAGCUGCUGCUCUCGGUCAGCUCCGUGCCGGCGCUUCAUCUGCCAGUCAGGGCGAUCACCAUCCUGGGUUUGUUCCUGAUAGCCGUGGGCACGGGCGGUAUAAAGCCAUGCGUGUCGGCCUUCGGCGGCGACCAAUUCAAAUUGCCCGAGCAGGAGGUCUACCUGACGACGUUCUUCUCCCUGUUCUACCUGGCCAUCAACUCGGGCUCUCUGAUCUCCACCUUCAUCACGCCCAUACUGCGCAAGGACGUCCACUGCUUCGACCAAGAAUCCUGCUAUCCUCUGGCCUUUUUCGUGCCGUCCGUGCUCAUGAUCUUGUCUAUCGUCAUAUUCUUCGCCGGGAAACGGCUGUACAAGGUGAAGCCACCCGAGGGCAACAUGGUGCUCAAGGUUGCAAAAUGCAUCACGCACGCCGUUGGUCGCAAAAUAUCAUCCAAGUCGAACAAACGCGAGCACUGGCUCGACUACGCAGACGACAAGUACGACGAUCGCUUCAUCGAAGACAUCAAGUCCGUAUUCAAGGUUAUCAAGCUGUUCCUCCCCUUGCCGUUCUUCUGGGCGCUGUUCGAUCAACAAGGUUCGAGAUGGACUUUCCAAGCUGAUCGCAUGAAUGGCUACGUGUUUGGCUACGUCAUCAAACCCGAUCAGUUCCAAGUGGUCAAUCCAUUGCUGAUCGUCCUUUUCAUUCCGAUCUUCCAAUUUGCCAUCUAUCCGGUAAUCGAGAAGUUUUUGUUCAUCAAUACCCCGCUGAAGAAACUUACUACUGGCGGUAUUCUUGCUGGAUUGUCGUUCAUUAUUUCUGCUAUUAUAGAGUUUCAAAUUGAGUCCAUAGACUCUGUGCAACCGUCCAAGGGUUUAACCCAAGUGAGAUUUUACAAUGUGAUGAACUGCAGGGCCGACGUUGAGUUUGGCGAGCUUCGAUUUGUGUUGGAUGCCUUGGAAUCGUAUCAAAACCUUCGUAUCUCUGUGAAUGGAACGAGAGAAUUACAGCUACAAGCUACGUUUAAAAACUGCCCAGAACUGCCCGAUCCAAAUACCAUCGUGAAUGAAACACUGACUCUGAUAGAAGAGAGAGCAAUGUCAUGGGGUUUCACGAAAACGGGUCUGGAGAAAGUGUCCGCGUCGGAUUCCGUCCAUAAGUCGCAAUCAGGAGAGCCCAACGUGAGAGCACUGAUCUAUCGAGACUCGAGCAUCACGGGCAACUUGUUGAGAUUCAUUGGCAAGAAAAAGGACUUUGAGCUGAAGCUGCCGAAAGACUUCAAUACUAGCGACUAUGUGAUUAUCGAACACGAGAAAUACAACGUUACCUUCGAUGACCAGCUCAUCGCCGACAACGUGGAUUUCGAAUACGGCGCUGCCUACACCAUCGUCGGUAGUAUCACGAAAGAUCGCAAGGAUCUCAGAUUUGUCAUGGACGCCGAACCGGAUCUCGUUCAUAUGUUCUGGCUGCUGCCGCAGUACAUUGUCAUCACUAUGGGCGAAAUCAUGUUCUCCAUCACGGGUCUGGAGUUUGCAUUCACGCAGGCGCCGGUCAGCAUGAAGUCACUACUUCAGGCAUGCUGGCUGUUGACCGUCGCCGCGGGCAAUCUCAUUGUGGUCAUCAUUGCCGAGUCGCAAUUCUUUAAUAGACAGGUCUACGAAUUCUUCCUGUUCGCCGGACUGAUGUUCGCCGACAUGUUCAUAUUCGCGAUUAUGGCCAAAUUCUACGAGUACGUGGAUGUGUCUUCGAGCGACGACAAUUCCAUCGACGACGACGACGACGACGACGUCGAAGAUACCGAAUUGAAGAAGAGAGCAGUGCACGAUAGUAACUCGGCCGAUCUUUGAUUUGAUGAAAAAAAAAC